GUUAUUUAGCAUUGGCUGGAGUAGGUAUUGAAUGCAUAAACUAUCUUGACUUGCUUGGGUAGAAGGCAAAACUUGAAUUUGCCUCUCGAACACGAUUUAUAACAGGUGUACCCCUCUUGCUAUAUUGGCUCUGAAGCUGCUGCCAUUCUCUUUGUUACAGCUUGCUUGCCUGCCCCUCAUACCCUACCACUGCCUGCAAAACAAAAAAGACCCAAAAGCCUAUGUGGAGCUCUGUCUUUUUUUUUCUUAAAAGAACAUCGUGUUUGUACUUGCAGGUGGCUCCAAGACCUUUGAACCAGACCUCCGGAUCGGCAGGCAUUAUUUAUUGUAUGACUCCGUGGAUGACUCCGAUCCACAUUGUCACUAUUUGAAGACUCGAAAACGUAGCUCGAGCUAAACGUCGUACAGCCCAGGUGGUUUUACGAUUGACCAAGCUUCCGGUCACAAUUACAACUUGAGGGCUACAGAAAAAAAAAUGCCCACCAGAGCAGACAUCACAUACUUUGGCGCCGGCCCGGCCGCGCUACCCACUGAUGUUCUCGAGAAGGCCGCCCAGGCCCUGCUCGAUUACAACGGCACGGGGCUUGGCAUCGCUGAGCACAGCCACCGCUCCGAGCACGCGACGACCAUCAUCAACGAGGCCAAGGCGGAUCUGCUCGCCUACCUCGACGUGCCCGAGGCUGCCGACUACGACGUGCUGUUCAUGCAGGGCGGCGGCAGUGGCGAGUUCGCCGCCACCGUCUACAACCUCGUCGGCGCCUGGGUCGCGCGGCAAGUCAAGGCCGCGGGGCUCGAGGGCGAAAAGGACGACGCCAAGGUCGCCGAGGCCCUGAGGCCGAAGCUUCAGUACCUCAAGCUCGACUACAUUGUCACGGGCGGCUGGUCGCUCAAGGCGUACCAGGAGGCCCAGAGGCUCGUGGGUCCCGAGCACGUCAACCUCGUCGCGGAUUCGCGUCCCGCCAACGGGGGCAAGUUCGGCACUAUCCCGCCAGAGUCGGAAUGGAAGUUGUCCAAGGACGCUGCCAUGGUUUACUACUGCGACAAUGAGACCGUCGAUGGUGUCGAGUUCCCCAAAUUCCCGGACAUUCUCGCAACUUCAGGUGGAGAAGGCCCCCUGGUCGUGGCAGACAUGUCCAGCAACAUCCUGUCCAGGCGCAUUCCAGUCAAGAACUAUGGGGUGCUCUUCUUUGGCGCACAGAAAAACUUGGGUUCGACUGGUGUUACUGUCGCGGUCGUGAAGAAGAGCCUGCUGCCUCCCACGACACCACAACCAUCAGCCACACUAUUGAGGAAGCUCGGCCUGCCCGUUGGCCCUAUUAUACUCUCCUACGAGACCAUUGCAAAGAACAACAGUCUAUACAACACCCUGAGCAUAUUUGACGUUUACAUCGCGGGCCUGGUUCUCAAGAAGCUGCUCGCGACCUACCCCGCUGACAAGGUCGACGGCCAGCAAGCCGUCGCGGACAAGAAGGCCAAGCUCAUCUACGCUGCGCUGGACGCACACCCAGAGGUCUUCCGUGUAGUCCCGGCCAAGAGUGCCCGCUCAAGGAUGAACAUCUGUUUCCGUGUAACCAAGGGAGGCGAGGCCAACACAGAUGCGGCCGAGAAGGAAUUCUUGAAACAAGCGACCGCAUUGAACUUGACUGGACUCAAGGGCCACCGUAGCGUAGGGGGCAUCCGCGCCAGCAACUACAACUCUAUCCCAUUGGAGGGCGCUGAGAAGCUGGCCAGGUUCAUCGAAGAUUUUGCCAAGGCCUAAAAUAGUGUGAAAUAAAAAUGAGGAAUGACACAUGAAAAGAAACAAGUCUCAGCACGUAUAUGAUAUGGUUUUCAUCAUAUCAUAUCAAGUAAACGAUGAAGCAGUUAAUCACAGCAGCGCCUCGCAAACAUGGCACAGCCCUCUCCCGUCCGAGGGCUUAUUCGUAGAAAUUUUCGUCAUGAUCCCGACUUUAUGACACUAAAUAGUCACAAAAACUCAGGCACUAUAACUCGACACGUAGUACUAUAAG